AUGCUGAGGUUUACGUCUUUAAUUACGCUCUUGAGCAUUGGCGCUGUGGCUGGCGCGACAGCACCAGAGGACUGCCCUGCUACGGGCGUUUCUAUAAUUGCUCAUAGCGGCGACCCGGUCGGAAAGGAGCAGGUCUAUGAAGGGAUCAACAUGUAUGUCACGGGUAACACGUCGGACGUAGGCGUGUUAUAUUUGACAGAUGUGUUCGGUAUCCAGUUGCUGGAGAAUAAACUACUCGCGGAUAGCUUCGGACGAGCGGGCUAUCUUACCGUCGCGCCGGACUUGUUCAACGGCACACCGGCUCCGGGGGAUAUCAACGGGGAACCGGAUUUCAACGUGACCAAGUUCCUCGACGACCAUAGGCCCGAAGUCAGCGACCCGAUUAUCACGACGGCCAUUGACUUCUUACGCACCACGCUCGGCGUAAAGAAAGUCGUUGUUACCGGAUACUGCUUUGGCGGCCGUUACGCAUUCCGUUUCUUGGCGGAGGGGAAAGGUGCCGACGUGGGUUUUGCUGCUCAUCCAAGUUUACUAGAGGAUGCGGAGAUUUCCGCAAUACGAGGCCCAGCUAGCAUCGCAGCGGCAGAUGCGGACGAUAUGACACCGGCUGCAAGGCGGUCACAAAUCGAGGCAUUGCUUCUUGAGACUGGGCUGCCUUACUCCCUUGCGUUAUAUGGCGGUACUUCACAUGGAUUUGGUGUCCGAGCCAACAUUUCGGACCCGAAGCAAAAGUUUGGAAAAGAAGAGGCUUUCUUCCAGGCUAUCAGAUGGUUCAAUGCAUGGGUUUAA